UUCAAGAAGCAGCGAGGACCUGGUAAGGAGGAAAUAUCAGCGUGGCUACCAAGCAUUCCAAUAUGGCGGCCAUCAAAAGGGUCGUCUAUGCGCGAAAGUUGGAAAAAAUCGCCUAUUUACCAGCUCUAAAAGUACAAAAUGCACUAGCUAGGCAACACCUGGACGAAUUAAAAGCCAAAGGAACAAGCAGCGUUGAAAAUAUCCUGCUCUUCUACGAGCAUUCUCCUGUUUUUACCAUCGGAAUACGAAACAAAAGCAUCGACUCGAAAGAGAGGAAGAGAUUGGAAGAUUUAGGAGCAGAGUUUCAUUUUACCAACAGAGGAGGCCUGUUGACAUUCCACGGCCCUGGACAAUUAGUUUGUUAUCCCAUUUUAAACCUUGACUGCUUCAAGAAAAGUUUAAGGUGGUAUAUAACUUCACUGGAAAAUACGCUUAUUGCGACUUGUAAAGGGUUCGACGUGCAGGCAGCGACUACGUGCGACACCGGAGUCUGGGUAAAGGACAACAAAAUUGCAGCGAUAGGUGUUCAUACAAGCCGAUGGAUUACAACACAUGGUAUUGCACUGAACUGUAAUAAUGAUCUGAGUUGGUUUGAGCACUUCACACCUUGUGGGAUAGAAGGCAAAGGUGUUACGUCACUUUCAAAGGAAACUAAUCAAAACAUUGAACCGCUAGCUGCCGUUUCCAUUCCUUUUCCAGGCGGAGAGAUCGAACAAGGGAGCAAGCAAGCGCGUGAGCGAAGGAGCGCGCCUGGAGUGAGCAAAAAAUGGGGGGUUAGUUGGAAGGGGGUGAGCGGGAAGGGGGAGGGUGUGGGGAGAAAAGGAAUCGCCUGCGGGCAAUCCCAAACAUUUAACCGAACUCCGUUCACCCACGAAUGGGUAGCAACAGUACAAUUUGAUUGGUUAGUAGCCCGUUAAUCAAAAAGUAACAUCAGAAAUUUAACAGUUCAUGCAUAAUACGACAUUUGGAACACGGCAAGAUCAAAAUACAUAUGGUGCAUCCCGAGGAAGCGUUCAAAUUUUCUGUUCAGGAAACGUUGAAAGACCUUUCGCAAAAUGGCGAACACAUCGAUCUAACCGGAGCAAGAAGCUGCCAUUAGAGUCUAGUCCGUGGAUAGGAUGUCCUUGCAGUCCAUUCAUCAAAUACUUGAGGGAGUGAACGAGAAAAUUUCAAGGGAGCGCCCCAAGGGAGUGCGGCAUGUUUGGCGGCGUUCGGUAAAAUGUCUGGGGUUGAUUGCAGGCGUUUCCUUCGCCCGCCUCACCCCCUCCCCCUCCUCCAUAUUUCUUGCAUUCGCUCGCAGUUUCGUUCCCUUCGCGUGCGUGUUUGAUCAUUGGCUCUGUUCAUUCCGCUCCAACGGGUCAUUGCAUUAUCACGGUGGGAUGGUUUGUGGUAACCUGCGAUCAGGGGUUCUUGUUUUGGCUAAAUGCUUGCCCAAAAAUUUAAAAGAAACGCCUCAUCGCAGGUUAGGUUUGUGGGUGUUACUGACCCGGAGAGCUAUGUCGGCUGAGUCUUGCUCUCCUGGUGGGAUUAGCCAUGCUGAACUGGACUGACAAACAAACGGAGUGAAAGACUGAAAGUCUUGAAAGAGCAAAUUAAUCGGCACAGUACUCGACAAAGAAUCGGCUGUUUGGCAUACGCAUCUGCAACCUCGAUUCCAGGUUCUCUCUCGUCAUUGUUUUUUUUGUUUGUUUGUUUUCUUUUUUCCUCCUGCUAUAUUUUUCCGUUUAAUAUUCGAAGGUUUACUGUCCCAAAUGAUUUCCCAAAGUCUCUUAUUGUUGGUACCGAAAUGAGUUCGUCAGCAUCGGUUUGACUGUAAGAGAAGAAUACUCCUAACGAAAGUAUUGGCUCUUUUGGCCAUUUCAAACCAAAGGGAGAGUCCUGGUUAUUUUUCCGCUGCCCUAACCACAUUGCUUUAGUUUUAGCCGUAUUAAUUUCUAACCCAGAGCAGUGUUUCAAAACAAGCCGGCGACCGCCGGAGUUCCGCAGGCUACUUGAUUAUAUAUCGCUGGUUUCUCUGGCUUCAGCUUGUUAAAAAGAAAGCUUUAAGCAUCCAAUCCUUUUGCUUUGCUAAAACGAUUCUCUCACAUCAGAAAACUACCAAAUGGCUGACCAUGUUCGAAAUCGCCCUAUAAUGCAAAGCAAACCCUUGAGUAUUGAGUACGUCAUGUAUGCCUACGUAUGGUGUCUCCUCUAGUUGAUUUUACCAGACCUCCUGGGAUGAGGGGCCUUGCGGCCCAUAACUUGUCACAACCGCCUUCUCUUCCAGCUCCAGACGCCUACUUCAAAACAUUUUGAAACCCUUGGCAGAGUGAGAAAUACACUCUUUAAGAAAGCUGAGGAGUUAGUUAACUGAUUCCUUGUCACAGACAAAACUAGUGGUGUCAUCUGCAUACUGCACUUCUUUUAUUUUACGAUUGCUAACUUGGAUGCCUUCACCAAUAGAGGCAUUAUUAUUAUCAUUAUCAUCAUCAUCAUCAUCAUCAUCAUCAUCAUCAUUAUCAUUAUCAUUAUCAUUAUCAUUAUUAUUAUUUUAUAAAACUCUUGCAUUUUGCAUGCAUGUACUAGUAGACCGCUAAAACGUUUUGGUGUAGCAUUCUUCGUCGGUAAAUGUGACUUCCGGCGAACUCCAAUAAAGCAGGUAGUUUUUAGCUAUUGCCCGGAGAUCGAAGCGUACUAGAUUUGUCAUAGCAACGAUCAAAACACUAUGCAACCCCUCCUGACCAACAGAUUUGUCUAUGACCCAGAUUCUGGGUAGUCACGUGACCAGCCGCAACCAGGGUUUCUCUCCUCACCGACAAGGGAAGCAAAGGGCAGAUAGCCUGAGAUCGAGGCUGAAUCAGCCGUACGAAAUGAAAACAAGGCAAAACGACAGAGAAUUUGACAUUGAAGCAUUCAGACCAGCCGACAUGCAAAAUUCCAUACAAGUAAGGAAAAAUGGAAAGACAGCUGAACAUGAUGUCAGAGAGUGUCUAAAACAGACUUCGAAUAGAGAAUGAAUUUGUUUAACAAAGUGAGAGAAGAGUGCAUAGCAUCGAAAAGCUGGAAUAGAGGACUAAUAGUAGUAGCUUCUCAAGAGGGUUGAGAUAAAGGAGUGUUCAAAUUCGAGGGCCUGACAUUUUUCUACGAGUCGUAAGCAAGAUCUCUUACAGAGUGUUGAUAAGUGGGGCUAAGAAGGGUGUCGACAACAUCCUGAAGGAGGAACUGUUCUAUCUCAUGACGUAAUACAGUCGAACCCCUAUUAAGCGGCCACCUAUUAAACUGCCACCCCUAUUAGGCGGCCAGUAAUCAAAGUCCCGAUGAGGUUUUUUCUAUUGUUUUUACCUCUAUUAAGCGGCCAGCCCCUUUCACGCGUUAUGUUAUGUAGGGAAUUCUGGGAAAUAAAGAUGGCCGUUUGAGACUAGCUCGUGGGUUAUUUUAUCGCAGACUUCGGUCUUGUCAUAGACCUUUUAAAUACAAAAUUGGCGACGAGGAUAGUCGUUUCGCCUGCGCCAGUGUAAAAUAGGCUGCUGUCUAUGGCCUUGUGGACCCAUUUGAUGAAAAUACCGAUAAAGUUGCCCAUUAUGCCGGACUCUACGAAGCCUUCAUGGUAGUAAAUGAGACUGCCGAAGAAAGACAUGUACAGGUACAUGUGUUCCUAGCAGUGGUUGGACCACAAACUUACAAGUUGUAAAGAAUCUUUGUGACCCAGAGAACCCGAAAACUUAAUCGUAUCCGGAUCUGUAGAAAAUUCUGCAAGCACACUACGAACCGGCCCCAAUAGUCAUUGCUAGACUGCAAAACAGUCGUAUUUUUUGCGAACGCGAGCGACGGUCAAUAUUCAAACGAAAGGUCUGGAGUGAGUGUAAAAACGGCGAGGGAGAAUAGGGAGAGACGCUACGGGUGUGUGAGGCUCGCGCG